AUGCCAGCUUCCAUUAGCACUACUCCUAACAGUACGGCUUUGCCAACAACUUAUUCUACUGGAGUAAAUCUUCCUCACGUUAAUAAUUUACCUGCCACUACAUCACCUAAGAGCGCGGCUUCAUCAGCGACAACAGUAUCCCCUCGCCCUCACGUCAUGAAUCAACCUGCCGAGCCAGAUGCCGAGGAAGACAAUGACAAUGAUGACGACAGUGAUACAAUCUCCGUCCUCGACACGAGUGAUACAUUCUCCGUAUCAUCCCUCGAACUAAAAGAAGAAACGAAACUCGUUCCGGUUGCAUCAGCUGAAGCAACUCAAGAAUUUCAACAAAAAUUUGAUCAAGAUCAGAAGAAGCGAAAUGAAGAAAUAAAAGCUGAACAAACGAAAUUACAACAGGAAGUAGAAGCGGAAAAAAAAAGACGAGUCCAAGAAGAUCAACAACAACAACAACGUCUCGAUCUCCUCGUUAACCAGCAGAAAGAAGCUGAGGUCCAAAAACAAAUUGCAGAAAUGGAACAAGCACGAAAAAAAAGUGAAGCUUCUUUGAAAGAGGCCACUGAUCGUCUAAAAAAACUCGAACAACAACUUGCCUCCAAAGAUGAAAACGACCGAAAACUAAAAGACCUUGCCAAACGUGUUAAGACAAUUGAAUAUCGUCAGAUAGAUCGAGCUUUAAUCAAAGACUACCUCGCCGGUAAAGUACCACAGAUUACAGCCUUUCUAAACACGAUAGAACAGGUGGACGAAUACUUCAGAGAUCGAAUUCCACGUCUAGACACAAUGGAAGAUUAUGCAGGAAAUUGGAAGCUUGUUUUAAGUGGUUUUCAAAAGCAUCACGACGCAUUCUCUGCACUACUUCUCCGUCUACAGAAACUCGUUCGCGCAACUCAAUCAGCCAAAGAGUACUAUCGCCGACAUCUCAGGCGUCAGAAAUCUGAAAUUACAGGCGGCCUGAGAAAAGCUGUGAAAGGUCAGAAACAAAUCUCUGUACGAACGUGGCAACACUAUAGAACUAUUUUCAUGCAACUUGUGAAACAGAAAAUUGAAGACUAUGGCACAGCAUUUGAUCAGUUGAUCAAUCAGAAACAGAAAUCAUCAUGGAUUGACAAUGCGAUCAAUGGUGAACCUGUACCUCGGCUUCUCGCAGCUGUAAAACAGGAAACGGAUAACUAUGUCAGUAAAAAACCGUUCCUGAAAGAAGUGAAUGAACUGAAACAUCAGACUUUCGAGACCUACAUCGACAAAGAAAUUCUCGUUCAACAAGUGAAAUUUGAAAAGAUACCCUCAACUCUGUCCACUCAAGUGAUGAAUGAAUUUAUUGCGAGAGUCAAACAAGAUUUUAAAACAACGGCUCAACAAAACGACAAAAUCGAGGAACAGUUCAAGCCAAUACCAAAGCUACUAAAACGUAUGCAACUCUACUACCGAUGUUUCCUCUUGCAAUUGCCAUUGUAUGAAUCAGCAAAAGAUUUGUUAAGAAAAAUUGAAAAGAAUACGGUCGUAACAAUUGCAACCUCUACAGGGUCAGUGAUCGUCACUCAACCACGUCGUCUUCCCUGCAACACUAUUUGCGACCGUGUUAAUGAGACAAUGAUUGCAAAUCGUCAAAGUGAACAAGCUCUAGCCGGUUGGGCCGUCAGUGGAGCUGAAAAAAACGUUAACGCACCCAUUUUAUACCUCACCGACGGUUUACUCAAGGAACGUCUUCAGUACGAUGAAAAUUUGAUCAACAAUCAAACAAAAUUUGAUAAGUCACUUGUGUUCUUCAUCGACGAAGUUCACGAACGUUCAAUCAAUAUCGAUUUGUGUCUGGCUCUAUUUGCACGUCUUCUAACACAGAAACCACACUUACGAAAUAAAAUCAAGUUGAUUAUCUCCUCGGCAACACUCGACACAAGUGUACCAGAUUUAUUUCGUAAAAUUCAGCCAAAAAUUGAGUUUACCGAAUUUGUUAUGCCACAAAUGGGUUUACUAUAUCCAGUGAAUAAAGUUGAUGCAAAAGAUAAAAAUCUCUUAAAAGUUGUCCAAGAACUCUACAAGAAGAAAUCUCGUCACGAUCAAAUUCUCGUUUUCGUUAGCAGUGUCACAGAAGUACAUCAGUCAGUUCGUCUACUCACAGAACUCAGCAAAGGUGCAAUUGUGGCUUAUCCCCUUGUUCAAUCGCAGGCAGCUAGCGAUCAACAAAAUUUUAUCGAAGUUGGCAGUGUAUUCAUUUCGACGACUGUGGCUGAAACCUCUCUCACAUUUCCAGGACUGAAAUACGUGAUUGACACCGGCAUGAUCAACGUCCCCGUCUAUGACGUUGAAAAGAAGCAAACCAUUUUGAAAGAGAUUCGUGCAGCUGAGUCUACGAUUAAACAGCGGCUUGGUCGUUUAGGCAGAACGAAACCUGGAGAAUAUUAUUCACUAUACGAUUUCAAGGUUGAAGACAAAAGGUAUCCGACACCGCAGAUAUGUCAAUCUGAUUUGACUAAUUUGGAGUUUAGUCUGAGGAAAUCGCCGUUAAAGAAUGGACUGUCCUAUCUGAAAACAUUUCUGCCCAAUCCACCGGAUGAAAAAAGAAUUCAAGCGGCAAUGAAUGAGUUGAAGCUACUACUCGGUUCCGAGAGAAGUAUUCUCACACCACAAUAUCAGCUUAGUUCCGUCGGCGUCGAUCUCUCUAAGCUACCUGACUUUGGUUCACUUGCAAUGGCCAAAGCAGUUCUCUCGGCCCUCCAGCAGUACAACUGUGGUCGUGACCUCAUCGUUCUCUCCUCAAUCCUCGGCAUCUUGAACACCUCAGCCAUCUUGAAACAAAUUCCACCGAACCUGAAAUCAGCGGACGGUGACUUUAUGUCACUUUUAAACGUGAUGGACACCGUACUUCAAUUCAAACAGAGUGUACCUGCAAAACAAUUCAGUUUAGAUAAAAUCUGUAAGAGCAAGGGACUAACAUCGAUUCAACACUAUCUUCGACAGGCUGUCCGACGAUACUCCAGUCUCGAACAAUCAUUCAAUCUCUCCGAUAUUUACAAAGAAAAAGCACAGGUUAAAAGUGGAGAUUGGUCCUUGAUUGCAAAAGCUCUGCUGAACGGAUUCAGUGAAAAUGUGUUCGUUAGUAUGAAAGAAUUACAGGGAAAGUUGCAUCUCUUCGUCCGAUAUCAUCAGCAAUCCGCUACAAACACCGAUAUGGACCUUGCAGUUUUGGAUCUUCAGUCGACACUCGUACGGCCUAUGACCCAAGCACCUGUCUCUCUUGUUCUCGCACGCGACAUUCGGUUCUCGUCGUCGAUUCGUGCAACUGCAGUUCUUUCGUUUCUUGGUGAAUUAAAAUCUGAAUGGAUUGAAAAACAAAUGGUUCGCCAGUUUACUCUAAACGAUGCCGAAUUAGCAAAACUCAAUGCAGACGGAAUCGUUCAAGCUGUAAAGAACAUCUUUUCAAAUAUUAAUAUAACCACUGCUAAUAACACUAUCAAAAUUCAAGGUUCUUCAGGAGCAGUUCUUGAUGCCGAACUCGAUAUACGAAAACAGCUAGUAGUCGAACAUAAAUUUCGCUUGAAAAAUGAAUAUCCGAAACAAAGUGCAUCCUAUCAGAAUUUGAAGCGAAAUCUCGAGAGUGUCAGUAAAAUGGCGACAAGAAUUUUUAAUCCGAUGAUUUGGCGAUGGGAACGACAGGAACAAGUAAAAAUUACAAUCGACGGUUCCUCAACUGAAUCAGACGAUAUCUGUGAAGUGACGGUCUUGGGACGUGAUUCACAGAAUCAACUGGUCGAAGCUGAAUUCAAUUCAUUUUUAACUUGGCUCAAGAACAGUGUGGUGUUAAGACAUCCGAAUUCAGGUGUCGAACCACGUCGUGUCAAAUCGGCAAUUCGUAAAGAAUGUGCUGACAUUGAAGAACGUAUCUCUCAUGUCACCGAUACAGGUCGUUCAACUGUCGACCUUUGGAAUAGUCUGAACGGUCCGAGUGCUACACGUGAAACUCGAAUGGAAUUUGUUGCAUGGUUAUCUGUCUGUGAGUUUCACUGUCGACUGGAAGGUGGUUUUGUUCGAGACUGGAUAGUCGGACACUGCAGCCAGAAACCCUCAACGCCAAUCGGUUGGAUUAAAUGGGAACCAAACUCACAGGGAAAACAAAUUCCGUAUCUGAACAAAGAUUUCAUUCCAAGUGAUCUAGACAUGCAUCUCCCAACUCACAACUAUUUUGAUAUUGACAAGUUUCUUGAUCGUCUUCACAAGUAUCAAAUUACUUAUCAAGUGAUUCGUGAGGACUGGCGGUACGUUAUACUCUUGGACGAAAAUCGUGCAACUGGCCCAUUUACAAUGGACCUAAUUGAACCUCACGUUGCACUGACACAUGAUCGUGUGGAUUUUGAUGUGAGUAACCUUUCCUUGGAAGAGGGUUGUACACGUGAACUGGGCAUGCGAGUAGAUAUUACGCAGAAGCCCUAUUCAAUUGAACUGGAAACAAUUAUUGAUAAUAUAAAGAACAAACGAUUUCAGGUCCUGAGACCCAAUGAUAAUAUUGUGAGGUUAAGAAUCGGCAAGAUGGUUGAUCGUGGUUGGACUCAGGUAGGCCAACCAAUGCACAUCAUUCCGAAUCCUCCUCCAAAAUACUCCGUCGUCCUUGUCCCCCUUCAUUCUACGACAACACUCUACCAAGAAUUAUCUACGAAGAUGAAGAAAAUCCCAGGAUGCACAAUCGUUUCAAUGGAACAGAUCAAAAAUCCUCUACUCGAAGAUGCUUAUCAAGCAAUGAAAAUGCUCAUUGCAAAACAAUGUCCGGGACGUAAUCCAAACCAAAUGGAAUUAUUUCAUGGAACAAAGGGUGAAGCAAUUGAAGGGAUACUGAAUGAUGGCUUUGAUGACCGAUUUUUUAAUGCCACAGGAGCUUGGGGUGAGUAG